AUGGUGGCAGCCGUGCUGGAGCCUCCGUCGCGGCGGCGGCACCGGCUGGCGAACUCUGCCACCGGCGACUUCGAGCUCCGGCACUGGCGCCCGGCCAAGAAGAGCGGCUCCACCGGGAUGAAGGGGCGGUGGGUGCCGCCUGAGAUCGAGAUCCCCGGCGGCGAGGCGGGGAGCUACACGAGCCUCCGCGACAUCAUGUCCUCGCCGGAGUACGCCGCCGCCAACAAGGCCCACUCCCCCGCGGACGGUGGCGGCGGGGACGUGCACAUGAUACGCCACCCGCUCGUGAAGCACGCGGCGUACGCGUACCUGCAGCUGACGCCGUCCGCGCGGGAGGACAUCGGCAGACGCAGCCGCCGGAAGCGUGGUCCUCUCUGCCGCCUCAUCCUCAGCUGCGUCGACUUUGUCGGGGCCUUCUUCGCUCCGGCGUGACGCUCACGGUUCGCCGCUGCCUUUUUUUGACCUUUUCCUGCUUGUUUUUUUCAGUCCUCUGUUUCUUUGCUCUUUAAUUCCCGGUGUAAGAAGGAAUUCGUCGUCUUCUUUGUUGGGUUGCAAUUCUUGUAAAUAGUUGUUAGGAUUAGGAGCAAAAGAUCGAUGAUCAUCGCAAUUCGCAAGUCGAGGUUACCUUUGAUUUGAGUCUAUUAUAUUGUCAGCCUUUUUUGGUCGUCAUGAACUAGAAACUGAUGCAAGUUAUAUAAUGGGACCUAGGAUACAGUA